AACUGCACUUCAGUUCCUCAGUUCUUCACUUUUACAGAAGCAGAAGCAGAGCUCUUGAUGUUUUUUCUUUCUCUUUUCUACUUUUGCAAGCCUCUCUGAGAGAGUUUAGACAGCUUUUUGUUCCACCAUGUGUAACACGGGCAGCGUUAAUCGGUGAUCUCUCGUCUUAGAGAGAAGAAAUGGAAGCAUCAUUGGCUUUCUUUCCUCAACCAAACAUGUGUGAGUCCAAAGAAAAAACUUUUUUCAAGUUAAUACAUGGUUCAGGAAAAGAAGAAACAAGCAAAGAGGCGAAAACCAGAGCUAAGGAGAAAAGAAAUAGGCUAAGUCUUCUCGUGCAGAAAUCUGACUUACAUGAAGAGACUCACUCCACUAGAUCUGAGCCCUUGGACAAAGCAACGAGAGUCUCCCCUGAAGAAGCAGUGAAAUGGGGUGAAUCAUUUGACAAACUGCUUUCCCAUAGAGAUGGACUGGAUGCUUUUAUCAGGUUUCUUAAAACUGAAUUCAGUGAGGAAAACAUAGAAUUUUGGAUAACAUGUGAAGAUUUCAAGAAAAGCAAGGAAUCACAACAAAUUAACUUUAAAGCAAAAGCAAUUUAUGAGAAAUUUAUACAGAAUGAUGCUCCACAAGAGGUUAACCUUGACUUUCACACCAAAGAAGUCAUCACUAAGAGCAUCACUCAACCCACCCUCCACACUUUUGAUGCUGCACAAAGCAGAGUGUAUCAGCUCAUGGAACAAGACAGUUAUCCACGCUUUCUGAAAUCUGACAUCUAUAUACACUUGGUAGAAGGAAGAUCUCAGAGACCAAGAAAUCUUAGGAGACGAUCACGUUCAUUUACCUACAAUGAAUUUCAAGAUGUAAAAUCAGAUGUUGCCAUUUGGUUAUAAGGAAAAGUGAUUUUGCUCAUUUUGAUGAUAAACCUGUACAUUUGUUAAUGGUACAAUCCAUUUAUGUAAAGAAAUGGUUAUAUCUUUUGAAAUAAAAUAUACCAUGUGAAAGUAUUUUUAAAAUGUAAAUUGAAGCUUUUAUACUAAAAAUACACACUGUAGCUUCCUAUAUAUUUUCUUAAACUUUGCAUAUAAUUUAAUUAAAUCCAGGAUAAAAAUAUGUUCUUUAAUUAAGAGGCAGUGAAGAAGUAUUGUCAAUGCUUUAUAAGAUUCUGAGGUUAGGUAAAGGUUAAUAUUUUGUAAAACUGUCCACCAAACACUUAACUAUCUAGUGUGGAUUUUUCUCUAAUGUACACGAUAUAAUACCUAGAUGUCCAUAUGUGCAGACAGCAUUUUCUAAAAUGAUAAAUAUUCUGUUUCUCUCAGUAAUAGAAAGUUCAGAAGUGACCCAGUUCUUACAAUGGGAGGAUGAACACUUGUUCUUGAGUUACUAAUCCUGGCUCAGUAAUAGCAGUAUAUCACUUCUAGUUUAAAGCUAGCAACAGGAAGUUUUGUGAAAGCACAUUUGUCUCUACAAAUUUUCUAGGUUAAAUAUAGCCUGGCUGGUCAGUGAGAAUGGGAAGAAUGGGAACAUCACUUGGGCUCAUUCCUGUUGGCUGCAGUUCAGUUACAUGGAGUAUUUCUCCUGGUUGCAAAUGGUUGUUUGAAUGAUAAGCUGAGGAUCUCCCCAGAAGUAAUUAUGUCUCAUGUUUGUGCUUUUAAGAUUUGGGGUAGUAAUUAGAAAUGACAGGAAGUUAAAAAGAAGUGAGGGAGUCUAAGGUCCUGCAGGCUCAGGUAUCUGCCAGGCUUGCUCAUGUACACAGCAUGUUCUCCAUAAGUUAUAUUCCUUUUAUAAUUAUUCAAAUAAGAUUAUGCUAAUAAAUAUACAUAUGUCUCUAUUUUACAGAAACAUUUAUAAUCUUAAAUAUGCAUUGCGCACUCUGUAAAUACCUGUAUUUAAAGAUGCCAUAUAUUUGUCUUUGGUAAAUGUUAUUUUACCUAAAAUGUAAAAUAUGAAAACUUCAGAUUACCUGUAAUAAUAAACAUUUUGGAUUUCUUUA